ACUUGUCAGGGUGAUGGUCGCUGACUCAGAGCGUGACGAAUCCUUCGCAAAUCGAUAGUAUUCGAAUGAUUAAUCAAUCGAUUUUGAGAUUCGAAUCAAGUCAAGUCAAAUCGAAUCGAAUCGAUUCGAAUAGAAUUCAUCCGUGGCAAAGAGACAAAGAUCCAAAGAUGCCCACCCAACUGCCACCACCCAUCGCCCACCCUCAUUUUUCUUUCCUCUCCUCGCUGCAGAGGGUGGUACCACCAGUGCCGUAUGCUAGAGGUGUCUUUACACUUGUGGCUUAGAUAAAUUAUGAUAGCUAUCUAGGUUGUAUUCCCAUAGGUAGCCUUCUGUUUCAGCCUUCUGUUUCAUACUGGGUGAGUAUGGCAUACAUGUAGAUGUACACAGGAACACAGCAUAACUGGAACACUGGUACUCAACCUGAACCCCACAAUCAUAGCAUCAUAGCCUCUGUCAUGAAUACCGGCCUAUAACACCGUAGCUGCCUCAAUAAAGGUCCUGAUAUUCUUGCUAUCAUAGUACAGUUCGUCGCACUCUCCUCCAUUGGCUUGGCUGUGUGCCAUAGGAAACAGGAUUUGGAGUUGGUUUUUGUUUGACCGUCACCACAGCUGCUGUCAGCUCAGCCAUCAUGAGUUGGCACUCGCACCCCCCGGUACUUGCACUAGUAAUUGCGCAUGCUUUCCUGAUCUUCCUGACAAACGUCCAAUCGUUUGGUGUGAGUAGCCAAAGCCAAAGUCCAUCCACCACCAAGUUCCCCUUUUAUAAUAACCAGCACCAACGACGACGACACCUCUUCGCGUCCAAGACUGAAAAUAAUAAUAAUGCAUUGACACAGAUUCUGCACGAUCACCACUUGGAUGAGAGACUCCACGUCUUGUCGGCACACGAUCUUCCCGUCCUGGCCGAAGUCUACCGAAACAAGAAAAUGGAACUCUGUGCAAUCACGGCUCUCCAACUCAAUCCAAAGGGACAGCCCACGUUGCAAGUCCAUCCAGUAUCUCAACAAAAAUCCCAAUCCCAAUCAGACGACCACCUCCCUACUACUAGCCCUUCUUCUAUGGUGGUAGAUAUGGGACAGAUCACCACUCUUUGGACGAACCAACCAUCACCACAAGAUUAUCCUUCCUUCUCGACUAAUAUUGACACGCCUGCUACAGAGUUCCCAGUAGGAUUCCAGGAAGCCGCUCUCGAUGAGGUCUACAAGAGUCGUCAUGCCAUUCGACCGUCGACCUCUAGUAUUACCAAAAAACAAAUUGCCAAAUUGGUAUCUCGCAUGGACGAUGAUAAGGACGAACGAAAUCAUGCCGAAUUGGUAUUGCGACAACUUGUCAAGACAAACCAUAGGAUGAUUGACUCGUGGGAAUUGGCACGAGACGUUUUAUACGACAACAACAACCAAAACAAUAAUGAUCCUACUAUUAUUAUUACCCCAGAGCAACAGGCGGUGGCCGCUCAGAUGUUAGCCAUGGAUGCCGAAACGGGAGGACGUUUCAAGCGACAAUCCUGUCUUGUGGUGGAUACUACUACUACUACGACAAUGAUCACCAAGCAGAACGAUCAACAAUCCCAAUCACAGCCUUCUUCUUCGUUGGUGGAAUCCAUUACGUUGAUCAAUGGAGGUUGGUGGGUCGUCGAUUCAGCCAUGCGAGCGGGGUCUGAAGCUCGCAAAUUUGCCAAUCGGGCACAACAACAGCAGCAACAGCAACAACAACAACAAGAUUGGACUUGUGCGGAUGAACGCAUCACACAACGUUUGGAAUGUCUCGCCAUGGGAGAAGCCCUUCAUCAGAAUGCGCCAAUACAACCAGAAGAUAGUAGUGUGGAGCUGGACGUGCGAGAGGCCCUCCAAAGCAUGAACAUGCCCUUGACACCACAAGGAGCCAAGCAGGUUUUGAUUCAAAUGGGGCGAUGGUCGCCAAAAGCUGACACCACCACCACCAUGGGAGAUCAAGCUUGGUCUCCGGCCAUUCUCCAGGCAGCGCGUGACUAUGCCGAUCAGUGCCAAACCAAACAAUCCAUUCUUCCGAAAAAACUGGCGGAUCUUUCCAAAAUGCCCUUUGUCUGUAUCGAUGCCAAGGGAACGAGCUUUCGAGAUGAUGCCAUUGGGGUUCGUCCACGAGCCACCACGGGACGAAAAAUGACGGACGGCAACAAAUGGGAGAUUUUAGUCGCCAUUACCGACGUUUCCGAUAUCUAUCUCGAUGACGACAGUAGUAGUAGUAGUAGUAGUAGUGAGUUGGAUAAUAAUGUCAUACCCCUUGAUGUACGGAAGCGACUGAGAGAAGGAGCCGCCAACCGUGGCGUCAGUCGAUAUGAUCUUCCCUUGGGACCACUCCAUUUGAUGCCACCCGUGGCGUUGGAGGCAUUGGCGUUUGAUACCGUCCACCACAACCAACAAAACAACAACAUCAACAACAACAACAACAACAAUCCACCCGAUGCAAGGAAACAAAACAGAGCCGUGGUUGUUUGGGCGUAUAUUGACCAAAAGACGGGAAAGAUGCUGGAUGCUGGAGUGGAACAAGCCAUCAUUCCGAACCCAGUCGCAUUGUCCUAUGCCAUGGCAUCUGAUCUGCUGGAUGGGAAAUUGGACAAGAGCAAGGAUCCUUCGCUUCACAGAACUUGGCAAGUUUUGGGAGUGGCCGAUAGGAGCAUUUCUGCAUGGAGCAGGCUACGCCGUGAAACGAGUCAGGUAGCACAGAAGCGGGAAGAACGGCUGGCACUCAAAGAAUUCGUCGCAAAACAGCAAACACGAUCUUGGAGUGAUAACGGAAGAGAUGGAUUCCAGCGAACGCGUGGUCACAGGCUCGUGGAUUCCAGCUUGGACCUUUAUAGUUAUGUUGUCAAGGGCCUAGUUCGACGGUCGGGCGCGUACCUGCCUCAACAAGCAGGGAGCGGUCAAGCUCGGGGUGGAAGAGUGGCCACGGCACCACUUCGGCGGUAUGUGGACGGGAUGGCCCAACGACAGAUCCUGGCUGCUCUUUGUGGUUACAAGGAUUCUCUCAUGUCCAAGGCCGAGUGUCGUCGAGUUGGCGAAAAGGCAACAGACUCGUACAACACCAUUUCCAACAUACGCGCCAUCAAAAAGGGCUCGUCCCCUUUGACAUCCAACAAUAAGGCCUUGUCAAAGCAAAAGGCCGCAGUCAGAGACCUCAGCAUUCAUCUCUCCGGAAACAGAGAUAGACGCGUGCGAGCUGUUACUACUGGCAGAGGCAACGAAGUUGUGAUCCCCGUGGUCGGUGGAGGGGCGCUCGCAAAAUGCAAAGGGGUCAACACAAAUUUCAAACCCGGGGAGCACCUCCAAGUUCAAGUGCACAAGAUUGAUGUUGACAGUGGGAAUCUUUCAGUAACUCUUGCGGAGGGAUGAAACUGGAACGCGUCGUAGUUACCGUUGCUCUACCGGUAUGAUGGAGUGAGCGAGCCAGUUUGUUCUCCGUUUUCACAAUUCCCGUUAAAUGAACUGAUUCGAUUCAAUAUCGAGAUUUCCUCCAGAGAGAAUUGAAACAGCUAGCGACAUCGCGCUCCACUCUGUAGGCCUCGGAGACCCUCGCUCCUGAUGGCGACGGAAUUGUUACUCUUUUAAAAAGAGAAGAGAUCUCCCUGGAGCCUUUGUUAUUCGAGUACACGCUAGGCUAGCUAGAAAUCUAACUGAAUGGCUUAGUAAUGAAAUGAGUUAACACGCCG